UGAGCUGGUGGGUGUGGACGGGGACUCUUAUUCUGAAGUGUCUGUGGGCGCUAGUGUGAUAGCGGAAGUUCUUGCCGCUGGUAGCUGCAGUUCAGGCGGAUCCCGUCAGUGUCUGAUCACAAACUUUCUGUCAAACCCGAAAAACACCCGGAACCCGCUGACAUGGGGGAUAAGGAGUUGAUGUGGGCCCUGAAGAAUGGAGAUCUGGAUGAGGUGAAGGCUCUGCUGGUGAAGGCUGAGGAUGUGAACAGGACUCUGGAAGGAGGCCGGAAGCCGCUUCAUUACGCUGUAGACUGCGGUCAGACCGAGAUGCUGGAGUUUCUGCUGUCUAAAGGAGCCGAUGUGAACGCUCCAGAUAAACACGGCAUCACCCCGCUGCUGUCUGCCACUUACGAGGGUCACGUGACCUGCGUGAAGAUUCUUCUAGAAAAGGGUGCUGAUAAGGAUCGGAAAGGUCCGGAUGGUCUCAGCGCGUUCGAGGCGGCCGAGAACGAGGCCAUCAGAGAUCUACUGAAGUGAGACGGACGCUGCCGGCAGCAGAGAGGUUCUGACCACAACCACUGGAUCCAGCAAACACACACAAACACACACACACCUCUCUGUCUCUGCCCGCUGGCUGCUGCAGCUCCUCUAGGUUUCCUUUUGUUUUGUUUUGUUUUCCUCCAUGACCUUUUUAUUUUAUUUGGGGGAGGUGCUUAAUUUCCCCUCUAGUUGAUCAGAGUCAGCCAUUGGCUGAUGGACCUGUCACUCAUGCCUCCCAUCAGGACCAAUGGAAACGCCUGUCUAACACCACUAAACACGGACUUUAGAGUUCAGACUAGAGCGAGCGAGCGAGUGUAUGAUUAUGAUGAUCAUGAUAACGUGUACAUUUAUUUCUCAGACUGUUAAUUAGGAACGAGUGGUUUGUAUAGUUCAUAGAGCUGAUGAAUUUCCCGGCACUCCAGUUUCAAACGACAUUCCCGUCGCAUUAGAUGCUCAAAGAACAAAUAUUACAGAUGCUUGAGUCGUUCUGCUGACUCGCACGUUUGCUUUUGUGCCCCUUUGAAUUUGUGUUGUUGUGGCAAAAAUAAAUGAAUUCUCAGCUGCUGUGCGCUUGUAGAGUGUUAAACAGGUUUGUUGAAGCCUGUCUCUCUCUCUCUCUCUCUCUCUCUCCAGCAGGACGCGUCUCACUCCUGAGAUGUCACCCUCUCCAGAUUCUCACUCUUUUAGGCCGUCUCUCUCUCUCUGUUUCUGCAUGAUGGUGUUUUAGCUUUUCAAUACAGUCUUAAACUAAAAUUCACAUCGAUUAGCAAAUCUACAUUUUAAAGAUCCAUAUCUGGCAUUGUUGUGAAAAAGUCCGUUUGAAAACAAAAAAAACAAAUAAAACUAUUUCAAAUGA